AUGCACGGGUUAGUAUCACAAUCUACAUUUAAAUGUGCCCGCUGUCUGCGAGCUACGAGGCAGCAAAAUGCUGUGCCAAAGUUGUAUAAGAAUAUCUACCGGCUAUUCUCACAAGGGUCGCCACUUCAAAAGGAAGAUGCUAGCAAUGUAACAAUAGACUCGGAGGAUCAUGCUUCAAUCGAAGCUCAGAUCUUGAAACCAAAUUCAGAGAAUGGUUCGAUAAAUAAGUCUGUCGAAAAAGAGCAAGGGGCGAUGUCAAGACGUCUUGCCGAAGCUACUGAAGAUGCUCUCUUGGAAGGUGGUCGAGCUGGACGAAAAGCCGUGGAAGAAGCAGGCUUUUCAGAAGAAUUGAAGGCAAGACUACUUGAAAGAGUAGAAGCUUCCAAGUUCAAGGCUGAAAACGCCUCUGCGUUUACGGAAGCAAGUCUUGUAUCUAAUCUUGGUCGUGGUUCUCGGGAUAUCGCCACAGCACAGGCAUGGACCGGGCAAGAAGCAACUGAAGAUACGGUUCUUCGGAUCCUGAAUGAUGCUAGGAAGCCUCUUAAUUCUGCUUUACGAGGUCCGGGAAAGAUUCCCUCUCCAGUUGUGGAUUUGAGGUUGAAGGGCCAAGCUAAGCAGAGACCUGGUCAGAGGUUAGCAAAUGCGAGGGAUAAAACAUCGAUUUAUGCUAUUUCUAAAGAUGGUCAAAUGAGUGAGCAGGAGAGAGAGGAGAUGAGAAAAGAACUCAAAGAAAGAUUUACCCCUGGUGCGAGGGCAAUGCCGAAUUCAAUUAGAGGUUUGGCUGCUUUGGCUAAUGAGAGAAUUGAAGAUGCUAUUGCUCGUGGACAGUUCAAGAAUAUUCCCAGAGGAAAGGCGAUAGAACGAGAUGCGAGAGCCGAUAAUCCAUUUCUCGACACCACCGAAUAUAUUAUGAAUAAGAUGAUACAACGUCAAGACAUUGUGCCACCGUGGAUAGAGAAACAACAAGAACUUGUCAAAACCGCAAACAUUUUCAGGAAUCGGUUGCGGAAUGACUGGAAACGACAUGCUGCAAGAACAAUUGCAAGUCGUGGUGGUACAUUGCAGGAGCAAAUGAGAACCGCAGAAAUAUACGCACGAUCUGAAGCUUUUCACAAUCCGAAGAAGCGAGCCAUAGAGCAGAUCUCUGUUCCUACGAAUGCGACAAGUGAUCCAGUGAUGGUGAAAAUUAUUCAAGAAGUGUCAACCUCGUCCAAUGAAGAACCCAUCGUUCAAGUCUUGGCAGAAACAGAAGGAGUUGAAAUAGACGUCGCUAAAGUCACUCCUCCCGAGUCCGAGAAACAGUCACCACCAGACCAACCAUCCACCGCAGUUCCGCCUCCCUUCCGAAUACCAUCCUGGGAGGAAGCCGAACAAUCAUAUCUCAACCUCGCCAUCGCAGACUUAAACAGCAAAACGCGAUCUUACAAUCUCAUGGCACCAGAUCUUGCGAAAAAGCCUUAUUUUUCAUUAGAGCGCGAACUCAAAUCAUGUUAUGCGGAUGUUGCGCCGCAGCUCGCUGAAGCUAUUAAAGAGAGAGCGACGAGGCCUGCCCGCGAACUCGUUGAGAAGAUUGGUCAUCGUUCUGGUGGGAUUAUGGAGAGGUUUGGUGCGAGUAGUGUUACGGUGCAUGAUUCUAAGAGGCCUCUGUAUGGGUUUAGGGAAUUUUGGAAUGAUCUUUUUGGGGAGAAGAGGGUUUGA